CUUCCCAGUGUGGAUAUGCUUAAUUCUUUCAUUAUCACCAUUUGUACAUUCAUUUUUGAUUUACUACAUGCCGUGUGGAGAACAGUAGUGUGUGAGCCGGCUGGUGUAGCAGUGCAAGGCCCUCAGCUCAUGGAGGAGUUCAGCCCCAGGCAACUUGAUGUCAAGCAGCUAAAGCUAAAGUUCCUGGAGGCUCUGCAGACCAAUAAUGCCCAGGAGGUCCUGCAGAUCCUGCACACUGGGGAGAUAGACAUUGACACGGUGCUGGAAGUGGAGGACCCCAGCAUGGUCCUGGCCUCAUACAAACAAGGUUAUUGGCUCCCAGGCUACAAACUGGAGACCUCCUGGGCGAUGGGUAUUCAUGUGUGUGUGAUGUACAACGCUGUGGAAACUGCACUAGUGCUCCUUCAGGAGGGUGCCGCCAUUAACCGGAUGCCCAAUGGGAAGACCCCGCUGCAUGUGGCCUGCGAGGUCUCAAACGCCGAGUGUACGGAUUUACUUUUGGCUCACAGGGCAAAGGUCAACAGCCUAUCGCUGAGUGGGCACACCCCACUGCACUACUGCAUCACCAGGGAGUCUGUGGACUGUGCCAAGCAGCUCAUCUCUAGAGGUGCAAAACUCAACAUGCCCAGCUACAACAACGAUGAGGUCACACCGUUACACACAGCAGCCAGGUUCGGAGUUCCAGAGCUGGUGGCUCUUUACUUGGCCCACGGAGCAUCUGUGAACGCAGUCAACUCUUUGCAGGAGACAGCUUUGAUCACCGCGGCCUUCUGGACUUUUGAUAAUAAAGAACAAACCUACAGCGAGGAUCACCAUUUAGUCUGUCGUCUCCUGCUGGACCACCAAGCAGAUCCCAACCUCAGAGAAGAAGACCACAAAACAGCUCUUCACAAAGCAGCCUGGCACUGUGACCACGUCCUGAUGGAGAUGCUGCUGGAGGCCGGAGCGGACACAAGAGUCAUGGACAUCAAUGGCUGCGCCCCCAUUCAGUAUCUCCUCAAAGUGACCGAUGUCAGGCCGAUGGCCAUACCUGAGCUUUGCUAUCAGCUGCUGCUCAACCACAACGCAGCCAGAAUCUACCCACAACAGUUCCACAAGGUGCUUCAGUCCUGCUACGACCACCCUGGAGUAGUAGAAAUUAUGGUCAACUCUUAUGAACAUUUAAAACCCACAAGGAAGUGGAGAGACGCCAUUCCUGAUGACUGCUACCAGCGACAUAAAGACUUCUACGACUCUCUGUUUGCCGUUUGCACCAACACGCCACGCAGCCUGCUCCACCUCACCAGAUGUGCCAUCAGAGCCAGCCUGGGCGGCCUCUGCCACAGGGGUGUCGCACAGCUUCCUCUGCCCCGUCCCAUGAAGAAAUACUUAUUAUUAGACCCAGAGGGGUUACUGUACUGAUGGAGAGACUUGUUUUUCCAUAUGUCGCUUGAAUCCCACGGGCUGUUUGACUGGAACACGAGAAACCCCCUGUUCCAUGAAAGUGAAAAAGGAACUCAAACUUUGAACAAAUCACAAAUCAACUGAUCAUUUAACCUCAUAUAUAGAGGAGUGUGAGCUAUAGGUGAGAAAAUGGCAAUAUAUUGGUGAUAAUAAUAAUAAUGUGAUUGACGAGUAAGGUUAUCUGCCGGCCUGGCCACAUGGAACUGCCACACUUUUCUCGACUUGUGUCUUUCUGUCUUUUUUGGACUAUUUCUAUAUUUAACCCUCUCUAAUGACCUUAUCUGCCAGUUUUUAACAGUAGUGUCAUUGUUUUUGUAUUAAUUAUCCACAUGUGCAGUGUUGUCAACUCUCUAAUACAGCUUCAUACUUCAGAGGAUCCAGAUUUGCCUAGCAACCGGCCCCGAUACCCACUCUCACCUUCACGCUCUCGUGAUUCUCCAGAACAGAACAAACACUCAACAACAGCGCUCCACGAGUGCAAAGUGUUUUUCCAGUGGACUGCACAUGUAGCUGCAAAUAUGGACCAAUACCAAUUUUCGAUCUCCAGUCCAUAAUGUAAUGCAAAUAUUACAGCUUUCCAGAGGUUCCAUACAUAACUAGAAGGGCCAUUGAGGAGUGAAUACCUCUGCCAAGGCUGAUUGGCCACAUUAUCACCACAUUACCUACUAUAUUACACCAAAGGAAUGUUUUUUACUGUACUAUAACAAUUAUGUCAUGAGGAAUUCCUGAUCAAAUCUGCUCCAGAGGUCAAAGGCUUCUUCCUCCUUGGCUUAUACCCAACUGUUCCAGAAAGUUUCAGGAAAAUUGGUUAGCUUAAUCCUUUUGAAAAAGAGACAAACAGGCAUACAUAUUUUUUUUCUACUUUAAUUCACUACUUGCUUCUUGUAUAAUAUAACAGAGCACAUUUGUAGUAAGAAGGGACUUGCUGGUAGGAAACUUUCAAAUCCUGACAUUAAAUAACUUAAAGUAAAGUUGCUGUAUGGUUAAUUAAUCCAGAGGCAAACACGAUCUCAGUCGUAUAAGUAAACCUACAGUGUCCAAUGUUCAUCUUGACUCUGUCAAUCACCGUACUGUGGGUGGGUCAACGUAUUUGUGUUACUGCCAUGACUUGGUACGUUGUGUUACUGUGUCACAGCAUGUGCACAGUUGUACAUGAAUGAAUGCUGACAGAGGAUCAGGUUCAAGGCCGGUGACCUUAAAGCGAAACCGUCUUUAAAGUCAGACAGGUGCUGCACGCAUGGCCCAUGAGCUCAGGCAGCCAAACUGUGGUUCCAACAUCUGCUCUUAUCUGUAAAUUAGCAGAAGAGUUGAUACUCAGAGCGGGUAAUUAAUGCUUGUUAAAUUGUUUGCUGUGUUUUAAAAUUUAUUUUUCACAUUUUAAUGAAAGCCUUGAGCAAAAUAAAAUGAUCCAAAUCAA